AGUUUCAACGUUGCCUUCACUAGUGGAGGACGUGUUAUUUUUUUUGUUCCGAGUUUUUGUUUUGUUUUUAAUUAAUUUAAAAGUUGUGUGCCAGUGAUUGUUUUGUGCUUGUGUGAUUUGGUUUGUGCAUGUGAAUAUCGAAAAAUGGACGAACAAAGCUCAAAAGGCGCACCGACAAUCAUCACGUAGACAAAUCGACUUUUAUUAUCAAUGAUAUACCAUUUCGAUAUCAAUAAACUGUGAUUGAAAUUGGAAAUUGAUCUCUUCAGUCUGCAACUAGUUUAGAUGAGAAUUUAAUUAAGUAUAAUUGAAGAAUUAAACUGAAUAAUUUAAAGACAAGCUAUAUUAUAAAUCGAAAAUGCCGGCCAUCUUGUCAAAGAUUAGAGAGCAGGCGUUUAGGGUUCAGCCGACGAUAGCCGUGGGAGUCGGUGUAGGAGUGGCUCUAGCUGCUUGCGCCGUGUACGGAACCAGAGAAAAGAAACAGCCACCGCCCUGCCAUAACAACAAUAAUUACAAGGUGGCAAAGAAUGGCACACUACACGCAGUUCAAAAUGGAGGCACAGAUGGUCAAACAUGCGGUGGACACUGCGGCGCGGAGCAGUGCGCUCUUUGCCGCGGUGAUGCUGAUACGGACAACAAGCAAAACAUUGAAGAAGCGGAUGAAACUGCACCUCCAGAAGAACACGUUCCCGGUUUAAAUCUAGAGUUUUUACGGCAACUCAUCUCCCUAGCGAAGAUUAUGGUGCCGAGUAUACGAAGCCAAGAGGUUGCGCUGUUGACAGCGCAUACGCUCUGCCUCUUCUCCCGAACCUUCCUCUCAAUAUAUGUUGCCUCUUUGGAAGGAUCAAUUGUAAAACACAUAGUCCAGAAGGACCUUCGCCGCUUCACCUCUCUCCUCGUCCAAUGGUUCGGUAUCGCGAUACCAGCUACCUUCAUUAACUCUAUGAUCCGGUACUUGGAAAGCCGCUUGGCGCUCGCCUUCCGUACCAGAUUGGUGAACCACGCGUACGAAUUGUAUUUCAAAAAUCAAACCUACUACAGAGUGGCCAAUCUAGAUGCUAGAAUAGAAAACGCCGAUCACAGAUUAACAGAGGACGUGUCAGUAUUCACGCAGUCUGUGGCCCACCUAUACAGUUCGCUCACGAAGCCGUGCUUCGACCUCCUUCUCAUCGUGCUCACUUUGGCCAGUUACUCCAACAAAAUGAAGGGCAAUAUCUUCCUAGGGCCGGGGAUCGCGACAGUGGUGGUGUGCCUGACGGGGCAGCUGCUGCGGCUGCUGAGCCCGCGCUUCGGCGCGCUGGCGGGCGAGGAGGCGCGCAUGCGCGCCAACCUGCGCCACGCGCACAGCCGCCUCAUCACGCACGCCGAGGAGGUCGCCUUCUACGGCGGACACCAGGUGGAACUGGGCCAGCUGCAAUCGGCGUACAAGCAACUGGUGGCCCAGAUGACGACGGUGUUCAACAAGAAGCUGUGGUACGUGAUGCUGGAGCAGUUCUGCAUGAAGUACGUGUGGUCCGGCACGGGGAUGGUGAUGCUGGCGUUACCCAUUCUCACUGCACGGAAGAGUGAUGAUGGCAGUAACGAGGGUAUUAGCGCGCGAACGGAAUACAUGACGACUUCGCGGAAUCUUCUCAAUUCUGCUGCAGAUGCCAUCGAGAGGCUUAUGUCUAGUUAUAAGGAGGUGGUGACGCUGGCAGGGUACGCGACGCGCGUGUCGGACAUGCUGCUGGUGUUCGGCGAGGUGGCGCGCGGCCGCUGCGUGCGCGCCGUGCACACAGCCGCCCAGCACCCCGGCUUUCAGGUCACGUUCCGAGAGCGUCAGCCUGUGCCCCUGGGCAAAAUAACAUACACCAACGACCUGUCAAUCCGGCUGCGUAAUGUUCCUAUAGUGACACCGACGUGCGAUGUGGUGGCGAGCGGCGUCUCGCUAGACCUUGCGCCCGGCACACACUUGCUUAUUGUGGGGCCGAACGGUUGUGGAAAAUCUAGCCUGUUCCGCAUAAUCUCGGGGCUGUGGCCGGUGUUCGGCGGCGAGCUGGCCGUGCCGCGGCCGUGCGCCUGCGCGCACUGCGCCGCCGAGCCCGCCGCGCCGCCGCACUGCGCGUCGCGCCCCGUCAUGUUCUACAUCCCGCAGCGGCCGUACAUGUCGAUGGGGUCACUGCUGGACCAGGUGACAUACCCGUCACGUGCGGAUCCGGGUGACACAGCAGCGGAGGCGCGCGCGGCGCACAUCCUGCGCGUCGUGCGCCUCGAGCAGUGCGCCGCGCGCCUCGGCGGCCUGCGCGCGCUCGCCGACUGGCGCGCCACGCUCUCCGGCGGCGAGAAGCAGCGCCUCGCCAUGGCGCGCAUGUUCUACCAUCGACCUGUGUACGCGUUGUUGGACGAAUGUACCAGCGCGGUGUCGAUGGAGACCGAAGUGGUGAUGUACGAAGAAGCGAUAAAGGAGGGCAUCACGCUGCUCUCUAUUACGCACCGACCCAGCGUCUGGAAAUACCAUACGCAUGUACUGGAGUUCGACGGCGCCGGUAACUGGUCAUUCCGGCCGUUGGAGAAAGAUGUACCGGCCGUCACCAUUGGCCCGCUGUCUAUAUCUUCCGAAACGGCUUCGGAUUCUGUUGACAGUGGCGGGGAGCAGUGAUGAAAGAUUUUAUUUUAGGCGAAGUGCGAUUUCUUGCUUCGGACUCGUAAAAUGUGAUUCUGUUGUGUGAUCUUUGAAUUCUACAAUUUCCGAAAUUAUUAGUUGUGGCGUGUCACGUAUACACAUACGUGGUUUCGGUUAUCUGAGAUGAUUUUAGAUGAGCACUCAAGAAUAACGUCUAGGAAAUUAAAUGUUACUUUCAUAAAGUAAGGUUUCUAGAAGAAUUCGGUCCGAGGGACACUGGCUUAUGAUUACUAGUAAAGAAUAUAUAGAGUAGUAGAAACAAUAUUCGUGUAAGUUUUAACCUUAUGCGUAAUGUAAUAGAGUUUAAAAUUGUAUACAUUAUAAUGUGUAAUCUAUCGGACCACAGACUAUAAUGUUUCUAUUGUAAAGUAAAGAGUGAACGGGUUAAUGAUUCAUUGUGAUUCAAUCAAUUUUUACUUCCAAGCUCUUGUAGUGUGAUUUGAUAUUGAUAAGUAUAGUUUGUUGCAAGGAUUUUUUCUACCGCUCUGUCAAUUUUGAAUUUUAUUCGAUCUGUCACUUUGACAGUUCUGUACAGAUUAAUGUUAAUUUUCAAAGCUCCAUUCUUUCUAUUCAAACCAAAUGAAUAGGCAAAACACUACGUACCUACAAUUUAAGUGACACCCCGUCACCAUGCAUAACUUAUUGUAAGGACAGACACUAACAAAUGCACACAUAUAAUAAUAACGUGUAUGUGUGAGUGCUUGUUCGUACAAUUAGUUGCAUGUAGUAUGUGUGUGCACGAAGUGUUCUUUCUUUCCUUUUUUGAUCAGACUCUUUCUAUAGAUUAUUCGGAAAAGGUAAGAGAUUUUUAUAACGUAGACAAAUACCAGUUAUUUAGUAUUGUAAAUAAUUUUGUAUGUGAUAUUGAAACUAUUGAAAUUUAAAUAUGUACUAUUAUAUUCUUAUCCUGUAUAAAUAUAAGUAAAAAUAAUAUGGCGCCUAGAGAGCGUGAUAAUUCUUUGAAUUUAUUUCCCUAUUUAAGCUCUCCUCUGUGCUGAUUUCUAAACGGAUUUUUGUUGUUUGUUGUGUAGUUAAAUGAUAACUUGAGAGAUUUACUAAUUAUGUAUAUUGUCAGAUUGACAAUUUACACUCGUGUGUAGGCACAAUAGUCUAUAUUCGUUAAUAUAGACGUACUACGCAAGGCUCAGAAGGGCUAGAACCCAGAGCCGUAAAGCCAGUUUAAAAAAACGUACUACGCAUUAAAUUGCGGCGGAUGCCGAACGUAACAAAUAUAUAUUUGUAUGGCCUACAAAUAAUAGUUCCAUGUCUGGAUGUUUAUCCAUGUGCAACAUAUAUAUUAAAAUGCCUCCACGAUACAGGAGAAAAUCCUAGUUACAUAAAAAAAAUAGUGUAAUAUUAAAAAAAAAACAACUGCGUUAUAGACCUGCCCUUAAUUUGAUAACCCCAACUAGCAAUUAUUUGUAAUAUGGAUGGAAUGGUUUUCAAUAAAACUAACUUUACUAAUUUUAUCGGGCUUUAUUUCAACUUUAAAUUCUCAAAGUAGUACAAAGUUAAACGCGAUAAAAUACAUAAAAAUAGUUUUAGUGUCAUUUAUUAAACAAGAGAUUAACAUUGGUAUGUAUUUAUCGCUAGGCGUCAUUUUAAGGUUAAUGUAUUUUAUAUUAUUUUUGAAACUUCGUAUUUGUGAUGAGAUUUUUCAAUAUGGCUGUUAAUCUUUUAUUUUUUAUUUGUAUAUUUAUAGAUAAUUUUUAUUAGAAUACCCUUUUCUACUGGUAACGAUGCUUUGUAUUUUAGUCUCACGGGUGACGAUAUAUCUACAUUUAGAUUCGUAUUCAAGGAUAGACGUGUCUAUGGACCACAGCAUUCGCUUACCAUCCUGAUGGUAUUGUGUGCUCGUUUGUCACCCUUACUGUAUUAAAAUCAUAAUAAAUUGUUAUUCUGUCGGGAUGGAAAUCACAUACCUUGUAUUAUUUAUUAAAUCCCCCGACUUCCUGGUUUGUGUAUAGUGUACAAAAUAACGUGUAAAAAGUGGGAGAUAAGAAUAAAUGGGUUUUUAUU